GUUCUUUUAAAUUCCGCUUUUUAUUUUAAUGUAUCUUUUAGUGACUUACAGUUGCUAAUAAUCAAAUAAUCAUCAUGAAGUUAAAGAAACCGAAGGUAGAUAGCGAGGAGGUUGUUCCUCCCCAAGCGGAGAUUAUAGAAGCGGAUUUGUACAAGCGUUCAUACUUUGGCCCUGAUGUGCCUACACUUGAGCUGGAGUGCUGGGAAGACGAACUUUCAGAAGCUCAACUUAAAGCUUAUAAGAAUGCCGACGAUGAAUACAAGAGCAUUCAAAACAAACUCGACGAAAUUGUGAAAAACACUGGCGGUGAAAUCGUCUACAACGGCGAUCAGUUUACUGCUUAUCAACUGCUUGGGAAACAACCAGUCCUCAAGGAUUUAGAGAGGCAGAGUGCAGAAAUCAUCCGGUCACGCUCCCGUUCACUGUCAGUCUCUAAGGAACCCAAGCCUGGAAGGAGGGGUCGUCCAAAAAGAAACCGUGAUGAGGACCGCAACUACUCCCCGUCACCUGAGAGACCGAAAUCACCUGAGACGCGGCACAAGAAGAAGAAAAAGGACAAAGAGAAGACCAAGGAAAAGGAAAAGGAAAAAGAAAAAGAGAAAGAAAAGGAGAAAGACAAAGACAACACAAAAGUUAAAGACAAGACGCUUGCUCCUUCUAACGUGCAUAGCGUGGUUACAAACGUGCGUCCGUCGGAAGCGACUGCAAUCGGCGGUCUGCUCACUGGUGCCACCAAGACCACAGCCAUUGUGGACCUGACCAAGGAAGACAGCAACAAAAACACCGCUGACUCUAAAGAGGUUUCCUUUAAUAAACUUCAAGGCAAGACAUUCCCGUCUCUGGUGGUGGUAGCGCGACCGUACCUACGCGCCAAAGAUGCUCCCCCUCCGUCCGACCGGUCCACCCUCGACAGCAAGGUCAAGUCCGUGCUGAUGCAUACGCCCAUGAAGUUCACGGAGUGGCUUAUCCAGCAAGGCUUGGUACGCUCUGAGCAGUGGUGCGCUAUACAUUCUGGAAAUAAGCUCAAAUUGGGAAUGUACUCCGACGUAUCGAAGUUCCCUUACUCCGGCGGUUACGUCUGGAUCUCGGAAUGUUGCCCAACACGUUUCGUCUCCGUGUUUUCCAGCUCUAUAUUCGAAGGCGCGACCUUCCCUCCCAGCGUUAUACUAAAACUCAUCUACCAUUGGGCGUGUCAGACGAAUGUACAAAAUGUGGUCCAGUGGGUAAAAGUCGACAAUUUAUACGUAAAAGGAUUGUUCACCUGGCUGAGGUCCAUUUGUACAUCGGCCAUUCAUCAACAUUUGGGCCUAUUGGGUGGAUCGGGGAAGAAAGUUGAAGUAGGAGUGAUAUCUUUGGGUACGACCAGCCACGAUGGCACGCAGAGGCAAGUCAAAGUUGAGGUGCUGGGGGUUCUGGAUCCAGUUGAGAAAUUGAUCCGUCUACGCGCAGUGGAACCCCUAGCAGAACAUGAAAAGAACUACAAGAAGCGCUUCCAAAAAAUUCUAGAACCUCUAACCUCGUGGGUUCACCAGUCCUCAGUUGUUCUGACCGAUUUGACUGUAGACAAAGGCACGUUGGUCUCUAUGGGUUUCAAAAACGUGCACCAGUCGUCGUCGCACGGCGAUCAGGCAGGGCGGAAUAGCAAUGCUAAUAUUAUGGAAUACUUGAGACGAAUCGUGCCAAGAAUGUUCCAGAACACAUUAUCACUGUUGUCCAGGCAGAUAAUACAGCAGUUCCUCGAUGAACUUGUUUGGAGGGAGAAAUACGGUGUGUCCCCGGGGCAAGCUUUCGACAACAUAGUGGGGCACAUCGCGGAGCAGACGAAGCUUGAUUCCAAGGACCCCAUUACUGUGCGGCUGAACAAGAUCGCGGCUAACCCGUUCAAGAACUGGAAGUAUCCCAGUAAGAAAAAGGAACGCGAGGAGGCGGCAAUCGUCGAGCCGGAGACGGGUCGUGGCAAACGCGGCCGCAAGAAGAAAGAGCCUUCGCCCUCGCCGCCACCGCCGCCUAAGAAGAAGCGCAAGGAGAAGACCAACUACGCCGUCUUCGACGAGGACGACGAAGAGGCGCCGCUGUCUCUCGCGCGCAAGGUGAAGAAGGAAAAGAACAAGGACAAAGACAAAGAGAAAGAGAAGGAAAAGGACCGAAUCACGGAGAGCCCGGCGCCCCGCGGCCGCCGCAAGGCGCCCAAGACCAGCACGUACGUCGACGACGACCUGGACGACGUUCCUCUCAAGAACAUCAAGAAGGAAAUGAAGCCCGAGGAGACCGUCUCCAUGGAGAGGUAUUACUUCGGCCAAUUCGGCGGGGACGGCGUACAUAAGAGGGUGGCUAUUGCUGUAGAGUGCCCCAUAUGCAGCGUAGAGAUCAACAACAACAUCGAGCUGAUGCGCCAUAUCUUCCUGCACGUGACCCCCGCCCCUGACGACGCCGUGGACGCCCCCGCGCAGUGCAUCUACUGCUUGCAGCGCUUCGCCACUGACGAGGAUCUGCAGACGCAUUUGAAGCAGAGUCACCCCAACGACACCAAGUCACCGGAGUUGUUUACUUAUGCUUGCCUGAUUUGUGAGGUGCGCUUCGCGGCCGUGCUGACGCUGGCGUCGCACAUGCAGAAGGCGCACUCGCCGCUGGAGCUGCCGUUCGCGUGCGGCGCCUGCGGCUUCCGCGCCUCCGCGCACCGCGCCGCCGCCGACCACUUCCUGCGUCGCCACGCGCAGCACGACGCCGUGCUGUGCCCGCACUGCCUCAAGGUGAUCCCAGUAUACGCGGAUGGGUACGAAUUAUCGUCGAACGUGCAAAUCUUCAUCGACCAUCUCAAAGAGCACCAGAACAAACAGCUGGAAGUGCGCUGCAACCGAUGCGUACUCAAGUUUGUGCAUUUAGGGCAAUUAAAAGAGCAUCAAGUGCGCGAUCAUAACACCGUUGAAGGCGCGACGCCGCUUUGUUCUGAGGAACAUUUAAUCACCAAACCCAAGAACAAGGCGCGGCCGCCGGUGAAGGACACGACGAGCCACACGAUCUCGGACACGUACGAGGACCUGACGCUGGUGCUGCCGGACGGCGCACUUUGCCGCGAGUGCGACUCGCCGCUCGAGAACGACAAGCACUUCCUGGGCGUGACGGCGUGCAGCAAGUGCCCGUUCCGCACGAUGUGCUACCGCGCCAUGCUGCGGCACAGCGGCUACUGCGCCGGCCCGCACUCGCUGGAGGACGCGCCCCGCGCCGCCCCUUACCGCACGCACUGCGUCUGCGACUACACCACCACCAUAGGUACGGACAUGCUGACGCACUUGCUGAUCUGCGAGCACAAGACGGCCUACCCGUCAGAGGAGGAGGCGCGCAGCAACAUCGCGGGGGACGACAAGCCGGCGGAGGAGCCGCAGGCACACGACACGCCAAUGGAGACCGUGUCCUCUAUCCAAGACUACGCGCCGCCGUCGGUGCUGAACACGCAGCUGUCCCUGGAUGACCUGGCCCCGCCAUCGGUCUUGCAACCGGACCAGCACGACCAAGAGCUACUAAAAGACGCAUACGACCGCCCGCUGGCGACGCCACGCCACGAGGAGCAACAGUACACACUCGGCGACUUCGAGCCGCUUCCGCAAGAGCCACCACCGCAACCUGAUUUUGAACAGCUGUAAAUCGACGCAACUAGCUAAAGGCUGACAUGCUUCAAUGUCACCCUCAUACGUUACAAUAUUUAUAUUUUUUUUUACUGACAAUGCGAAUGUUGAUAGCAAAAAUACUGAUUUAAGUUUAGU